UCCUCCGUCCCCCCCCGACAACACCGCCAACAUCUUGCCCACCACUUGAUGGCGUCAUCAGCUGAUGGUAUGGUCAAGCCGAGCAAGAGGAAAGAGAGGCCUGCAAAGGGGCAGGACGAAGCGAUGAUGGAUCUGGAUGACUACGAUGCCCAGGCUGCCGCCGAGAAGAAGCGCGCUCGCUCCUUCCGCAAGUUUUCGUACCGUGGUGUUGAGCUUGACCAGCUCCUCGACAUGUCCAACGAGGAGUUCAUGAAGAUCGUCCACGCUCGUGUCCGCAGGCGCUUCACUCGUGGUCUUAAGCGCAAGCCCAUGGGCCUCAUCAAGAAGCUGCGCAAGGCCAAGGCCGAGGCUCCCCCCAAUGAGAAGCCCGCUCCCGUCAAGACGCACCUCCGUGACAUGGUCGUCGUUCCCGAGAUGAUUGGUUCCGUCAUCGCCAUCUACAACGGAAAGGUCUUCAACACGGUCGAGAUCAAGCCCGAGAUGACUGGCCACUACCUCGCCGAGUUCUCCAUGUCGUACAUUCCCACUCGUCACGGCAAACCCGGACUCGGUUCGACCAACUCGUCGCGCUUCAUCCCUCUCAAGUAGACGAGAGAGAUUGGAAUGCGAUGAUCAUUUUGC